UACUAAAUUGAAAGUUAGGGAUUUAGCCCUUUGCGGUGACCAAGUGGGUGGAGGUGUUAUUAGGUUAUUGGACAAUGCCUAUCCUGCCCUUUCUUCUCUGGAGGAAGUAAUGCUUGUUAAGUGCGGUAUUACAGAUUUUCCACCACGACUUGGUACCACCUUAACAUUGUUGUGGCUAGAUAACAAUCCUCUUGGAGUGUCUGGCAACUUGCUCUUGUUAAUUUGAUGGAGCUGACAUUAUCCAACACCUUCACUAAUGAUGCCGACAUCAAUGGAGCAUUGCUGACCACACUUUUGCCAUCCAUUGCCUCACACUGUCCCUUCCUGGCGCAUUUUGAUCUCUCUAAGAACAAUUUCAGUGUGCCUGGAGCUUGUGCAUUAGGAGAAGCGAUAUGUCUUUUGGGGAUCACCAACAAACUGCCUAGUUACAUAUUUGUUGAUGAUAUUAAUAUCAAUCAGGAUGCCAUGGUUUCUUUUUGUGCUCAUGCGUUGACUCCUAUAAAAGAGUGGCUUGAGCCUAUAUUUGUCUGGUUGGGCAAUAAUCUACUUGGCCUCGAUGGUCUGUUGUCAAUGUUACGAAUACUUAGAAGCUCAACUUGUAAAAUUGCAUCACUCUCUCUUAGGAACACUGCUCUCGAUCUCCACGACCAACGGUCGAUUAAUAUACUUUCAUUUUGUCCUGAUGUUUCACAUGGUGUUCUAACACAUCUUCAGUUAAAUGACAAUAAUUUCAGUGGAGACAGUAUAGUCAUUCUAGUAGAAUGUAUCCGAGUGUGUCAAUCGUUGGAAGCACUCCGGUGUUGUAACUGUUCUCUCACUUCAACUGAUAUCAUUAUUCUUUUGUCCAAACUCAAGCUUUCCAUCAAUAAUCACAAGCAUCUGAAGGGGUUGGAUCUUUUCAACAAUUUAAUUGACAAUAAGGGAGCGACUGAACUCAUUGAAAACUCACAACUCAUAUCAGAAGUGUUUCCUAACUUGAGGAUUUUAAAUGUCGGUGUCCCUCCUCCUAUGAACUCUAAGAGUAAUAUUUGUUGGGAGGCGUACGUUGAAACUGUACCACGACAAAAUUAUCCAGGUCAAGAUAUUCCCCUGGCAAGAGCGGAGAGGAAUGGUAGGAGGCGUUUGGUGAUGACUGAGUGGAAGAGAACACACUCACCUCCGCAAGCUCAAGUGCUGUUGUUUGAGUUCAUGAAGAUGUGGGACGAGUUGCUAUGGGAAUUGUGUUAUCUGGUACACACUAUGGACAGGUUUCCACAUCUUUUUAGAUUGCCGUCAGAGGUCAAGGAGUAUCCAACCGUAACUGAGAUUCAUGGUGUCUCACAAGAGAUUCCACCAGCCAGCUCCAGUGAUGAUGAGAGCUGCUAUUCAGCCACUGAAGAACUGGACGAACCAGUAGAGCACCACCACACAGCUAGUGAUGAGUCCACGGUACAGUCUACUCACACAACGGACCAACAGCAAUCACCAAAACGUUGUGACGAACUCCCUAAUACUGUUGACAGUGCAACUGGUGUGAUGACACCCCCACUUACCACACCCUUCUCACACAGCACUCUCUCGGGUGCUGGUGAACCGAGGACUGUGACCAUUGAGGAAUUGAAGGAACGUACAAAAGUAACAGACUCUCAACUUGACACUGAAAUUAAAGAGAAGGAUAUGAUUUUUCUGGCAGAUCACUUUGACAAUGUGGAGACUUAUCUUGUACAACUGGUACUGAGUCCUGCCGAGCAAAAUGACGUUAGAAUUGCUCUGCAUAUGCAUGCUAAUGGCACACAAGUAGCGAUGGACAAGGCCUUGAGACUGUAGAGAGAGCAUAAUCCAGGAGUCGCUACUUACAGAGCUUUGGUGACGAUUCUUCUGGGACUGAGAAAUGUCGAUAUGGCUAUAUUACUGGCUCGUAAAUCAACUACAAGCUGAGAAAUCGAUCUAUCAAAAGACUGGCUCAGUUGUGUACGCAUAAUGAAAAAAAAAUUAUUGAGAUAGUGUAGUAAUGUGCAUAGUGUUUACUUUUAGUUGUGUUAAUUAACUCAUUUCCUGUGGUUAACUUUACUUCCUGUAUUAUACUUUUCUGCUAUUGUGGUUUCUGUUCGUUAGUAGGUUCUUUCUGUAUAGUUGUUCUUUGUUCCCUUUGUGCCUAGCUAUAGGGGCCCGCUCCAGGCGGCUCUUUGUGUAUGGGAACCUCUGCUCCACUGCCUUUUGUCUUGUACAUACUUAUACCUUUGUUCUUGUGCAUUUUAUCAGUUGUUGAAUACGAUUUCA